AGGAGUGUGAACUGAGAGCUCUGUGUCGUUGAUGCUUACCUCCACAUUGGUGACCCCUGACUCGAGCAUGCAACGGGCCGCAGAUAACGCAGACUCCGCUUUGGAGGCAUCGGCGGCCGCCGGACCUCCGCCUCCUGUUGCAGCUACGUUCGCUGUGGCGCUGAAACUGCCGGACUUUUGGCUCCAUGACCCCCCGUCAUGGUUCGUGCACGUGGAGGCUCAGUUCGCCCUUCGCGGCAUCUCGGCUGACGACACGAAGUAUCACCAUGUGGUGGCCUCACUCGACCCGCUGGCCACCCGCCGCGCGAUGCCGCUCCUCCGGGACCCACCCGCCCAAGGGAAAUACGCCGCCCUUAAAGAGCUGCUUCUUCGGCGCUAUGCCCUCUCCGACGCUGAACGAGCCGAAAAGCUCCUCAACCUGUCAGGCUUGGGUGGCGGUACCGCGCUCGAGCUCAUGGAGAACAUGCUGUCGUUGCUCGGGCCGGAUGACGGGGGAUUCCUCUUCGCCCACCUCUUCCUCCGCCAGCUACCGGCCGCCGUGAGAGCCGUCCUCGCAAACUCCCCGCUUCUGCCUGCGAAGGAUUAUCGCUCCCUGGCUGAAGAAGCGGAUCGCAUUCUCCUGGCUAGCCGCACUUUCAACGUUCACGCCGUGGCUACGGACUCGCCGGCGACGCCUUCCACGCCACCACCUGCCUCCCCCGGAGCAUCCGCCCCCUUGCUGACGGCAGGGAUUGCUACACGCCGGCACGGCGGCAAGAACAUCUGUUUCUACCAUCAGCGAUUUGGCGACAGAGCGCGUCGCUGCCUGCCGCCUUGCGCUUUCACGGCCCAGGGAAAUGGACCCGCCAGCGCGCCGUAGCAGCCGCGACCGCUGGCAAUACAGAGAGGCUGCUCUUCAUAGAGGACUCGCGCUCCGGGAGACGUUUUCUCGUGGACUCCGGCUCCCAGAAGAGCCUCCUUCCCCCUACCGCUGCCGACGGACUAGCAGCGAACUGUGGGCCGCAGCUCAUGGCAGCUAAUGGCUCUCCCAUCAAAACGUUUGGGGAAAGGAGUGAUCCACAAUCACCGGAGUCCGAGUCGUCUGCAGCUUUUUCUGACCGCCAGUGUCAGCCUCGCUUCCGGGCUGGGUUGCCCUCUGUCAGUUCCCCACCCCCCG